GAGCGCCCCGGGCGGGGGGCGGGCGGGCCCGUCAGCCGCCGGGUCGGCAGCAGGGCGGACGGUGGUAGUCCGGGACCAGUGCCGGCGGGGUGAGCGCGCGCCGCCGCCGAACGGUGAGCGCCGAGUGUGAGAGCGCGGUGAUCGGCGGACGCGCCGGUCCGCAGUCGCUGCUUCUGAAACCAUCGGAGAGGGCCUGGGGCUCCCAGCCUUGAGAGUCGUCCGUCGAUGUGAGGUCGGCCAGCCAGUCAGUCCCGUCCCUGCAUCAUGGCCACCGCCGCCAACGACUCGCUCUCCGCACCGGCGCUGGAGCCGCCUCUGGAGGACGUGGCCUCGCUGAGUCUGGGCGCCCAGGUGUUCAUCGGCACCUUCCUCUCGGCCAUCAUCAUCCUGGCCGUGUCGGGCAACAUCCUCGUCUGUGUGGCGGUGCUGACCGACCGCAACCUGCGCAAGAUCGGCAACCUCUACAUCGUGUCGCUGAGCUUCGCCGACAUGACGCUGGCCUGCCUGGUGAUGACGUUCGCGCUCACCAACGACCUGCUGGAGUACUGGCCGUUCGGGCCGCAGUACUGCGACACCUGGAUUGCGUUCGACGUCAUGUGCAGCACGGCCAGCAUCCUGAACCUGUGCGCCAUCUCGCUGGACCGCUACAUCCACAUCAAGGACCCGCUGCGCUACGGCCGGUGGAUGACCAAACGUGUGGUCACGCUGAGUAUCGUGGGCAUCUGGCUGAUGGCGGCACUGGUCUCGUUCCUGCCCAUCUCCCUGGACCUGCACCGGCCGCCGGGGCGCAGCGCCGAGCCGGUGGACGAGCGCGGCCUGCCGCAGUGCGCGCUGGACCUGACGCCGCUGUACGCGGUCGUCAGCAGCUGUAUCAGCUUCUACAUGCCGUGUAUGGUGAUGUUGGCCAUCUACAGCCAGCUGUACCUGUACGCCAAGCGACACGUAGAGAGCAUCAAGGCGCUCACCAAGCCGGUGAUGUUCGGCACGAUAGACGGCGUGGCGCCGCCGCCGGCCUGUAACCGGUGCCACGUCUCCGAGAGCAAGGCGGCCACCACGGUCGGCUUCAUCGUGGGCGUGUUCCUCGUCUGCUACGUGCCCUUCUUCUGCGUCAACAUCCUGGCCGCCUUCUGCAAGACGUGCGUACCGCGACUCGUCUUCCAGACGCUGACCUGGUUCGGCUACAGCAACAGCAGCUUCAACCCCAUCAUCUACUCCAUCUUCAACGUCGAGUUCCGCGAGGCGUUCGCGCGCAUCCUGGCCAAGGUGCGCCGUUCGUGCGUGCGGUUCUGCCAGGCGCGGCUGCGGCCGAGUCGCGCCUGCGGCAGCAAGUCCUUCUCCUCGGACACGCGUCUGUCGCCGGUGCCGGGCGCGGACGUCGACGGCCGCCGCUCGCCGUACGUGGAGCGGGUGACGGCCAUCUGACCACCGCUGCUGCCGGCGGGCCGCGCCGCCGACGAGCCGGCACCGUCCGCGCCCUCCUCCGCGCCCCCUCAGCCGCAGACCAGCUGCGCGCGGCGGACGGCAGAGGUGGCUGCGCUGCCGCCGCCGCCGCGACAGGAACUGAUGAUCUAGCGGGACCCGCAGUCGACCUGCCAAGUGCCGGCGGUCGUAUGGGAUCGGCGCCGUCUAUGGGCGCGAUCGGGACGUGCUUGGACUUGGUGGGACGUGGUAGGACGCGGUGGGACUAUAGGGACGUGCGCCGUAAUUUGUGAUCUCACUGUGCUAGACUGGGCACAAGAGACCGUAGCAGAUUGACGUGCCUGCUAUGGCGGCGGUACAUGAACAAACAGCGAGCAGCUGCGACCUCCGUGCUGCAGUGAACGCCUGGACCGUCCUGUGAUGCCCCCAGCCAAAUGGGUCGGUGUCUGGUGUGUAGAAAUUUCCAACAAGUGCAGUAUCAAGGAUCUGGAUCCAGAUUUUGGAUGACAUUGCGAUUCUUUAUGUACAAUCGGUGUUUUUGUUAUUUGUGGAUCGAAAAAGGAGAAGGAGAGAGCGAGAGAGAGAGAGAGAGAGAGAGAGAGAGAGAGAGAGAGAGAGAGAGAGAGAGAGAGGGUUGGAAGAAGGGAGUGAAAGAGAAAAGAGAGGGGGGCAUUAAUGUGUUUUCGACAUGAAAACAUACCGCGCAUUGCUAGUUGACUUGAGUCCGUCUUUUGUUUACCUGAAGCGGGUUGAAUUCUCAUCGUGUCGCUCUUUUUUCGCCAAUCGUUGCGUGUGCCGACUGCCCCUGUGUUGAGCCCGUCCAUAGUGGCUUUCUUCGCCGUCUACUGAUCUGGGGUGACCUCCAAUGAGGGCCCAGCCAGUCACCUGCCACCGCCGGUCCGCCGACCAGGCGAUGUCGGCGGCUCCGUCCCUAUGCCCACUGUCCAGCCUCUGGGACCACCCAUCGUCCCAGUCAUCACUUCACCACAGAUCUGUCUCAUCUGCCGCUCAUCUGACCUGACCUGACCUGACCUGAGUCCGCGCUGUGUGUUUGUACGGGCAUUGGGGCGACGAAUUCAGCUGCUUCGGUGUGGACGAUCGCUCGGAGCAGCCGAAACGCCGGUAUGGAGAGGUUGUCGUUCGUCCAGUGUUGUACCCAGUUCAUGUUCCGUGCCAUAACGACCCCGAUGCCCUUUGUUCGCUCGUGUCAUUCGCCGCUGUGCGCCGCCAUGUCUCCAUAUGAUCGUGUCUGUGCUGAACCUGUCGACAGGCUCUUCAUACGCGGCGCCGACUGUGUGUCGCCUCUGUGACUGCGACUGUGACUGCUGCCGUGACUGACUGUGACUGUGACUGAGCCGGCAGUCACGGCAGACUCACGGGCCGAUGUGAACUGAGCCGAAUACACGGCAGUGGCAGAGCUGCUGCCAAACAGG